GUUUAAUGUUGCAAUAAACAAAUGAAAUAACAUCACUCAUCUACCCCCUUCCCCAUCCGGGCAGUUCCCCAUAACACUCCUGCUAUUCAGAUCGAGUGAUCGACCCACAAAAGGAAAAGGAAGCUCACUUCUUCUUGCUCAAUAAUUCGUCCAACAAAACCUUUUUCUUAUACGAGUAUAUUCAUCAUCAAAAAUCCACAACAAAAUCUAACUUAACUAGGAAAAAUCAUUUCAAUUUCCCACCAAAAUUCCUGGAAAUCCCAACCCCAGAAAUAAACAAUAAUCAAAGAUGAAAGAUGAUGAUUCUCUCCCAUUAACAACAUCAAAUUCAACCUCAUCAACAGCUUCAUCAACCAAGAAAGAAACCUCCGAUGUGGGUGUUUUCGGCAAAGGGCGGUACAAAUUCUGGGCAUUAGCCGCCAUUUUACUGCUUGCUUUCUGGUCCAUGUUCACCGGCACCGUCACUCUACGGUGGUCCGCCGGAAACCUCAACCGUCUCUCCGACGACCUCGACGCUCCUCUGAGAAACGAUCUUGAUGUUUUGGAAAUGGAGGAGAGAGAAAAAGUGGUGAAGUAUAUGUGGGAUGUGUAUACGAAUAGUCGGCGGAUGAGAUUGCCGAGGUUUUGGCAACAGGCGUUUGAAGCGGCGUAUGAGGAUAUGACUAGUGAUGUGCCUGGUGUUCGUGAAGCUGCAAUUACUGAGAUUGCUAAGAUGUCUAUUCGUUCUAUUGAUCUUGAUCCACCUCCAAUUCAGAUGACGGGUGCUCGAGUAUUGAGUCUUAAGCAUGCAGAAAUUAGAAAGACAGCAACUGCAUCUGGGAAUAGUUGAUAAAUGGAUACUUAUGCGGCCUAUGAAGCUACAAUUCAUCACACAUUAUUGCCGUUCAGAGAGUUUUGCUUAUAAGAUGCAAACUUCUGCCAGGGCAUACAACUCACUUGUAGUCAGCUGAUCUCGUUUACAUGCAGAAUAUGUACUGAAGCUGGAAUUUCAUUAUUACAAAUGUCGCUAUAUAAAAUUUAUUGAAAGGAAACUUUUCUCCCACUAUAUUGAUUCUUCAUUACUGUAAGAAUAUAAAAACUUUGUAAACUAAAGAUAGUGAAUUCUAUAUCAAAGAUAAGAAAAUUAUUAGAUGCA